AAACAAACAAACAAAGCCGGAGACAAGAUUUCCAUCUCCACGUGGCAACUCACUAUUGGUUUAAUUAUGGAAGUUGACCCUUGACGACGACUCCUGCUUGUAUGGGUCAAUUUAAGUACUCGUUUGGUCGGAUCCGCCCGCCAGAGUUGAAGAAGAGGAGCUGCUUCUGCUUCUGCUUCUGCUUCUGCCGAUUGUGAGGAAAAAGUCAUGGCCGACGGAGUCAUCGCAUUUGGAAUGCAGAAACUGUGGGAUCUACUGGUUCGGGGAUCCGACCGGUUUACUGAAAUCCAUGAAAAAGCUACUGAAUUGCUAAAUGAAGUGGAACGGUUAAAGGGCUUUCUUAAAGAUGCAGAUGCCAAAAAACACGGAAACCAAAGGGUGAUGAACUGUCUGAAUGAGAUGAAAGAGAUUGUCUGUGAUGCAGAGGAUGUUAUCGAAGCCUUUCUUCUCAAAGAAGGAGUCGCCGAUGAAAGAGGGAUCAUAAAGCGUCUCUCCAAGUUUACUCGCAGCCCGAUGAAUCGAAUAAAAGCUGAUUCUCAGAUCAGUAGCAUAACCGCCAGGAUCUCCAAGGUAAUGGAGAGAAUGCAGAAUCUCGGCGUCCAACAUAUAGUUGACGAUGGAAUUCCUCUGGAGCCUUUAUUUGAAAGAUUAAGGAAGACUCGGCAAUCGUUUCCUAAAGUUUCUGAAAGUGUUCUUGUGGGGUUGGAGCACAACAUACAAGAACUAACAGGGCAGUUGGUGGAGAAAAUCGAUAUUGGAGUUGUUUCGAUAUGCGGGAUGGGUGGUGUCGGGAAAACCACUCUUGCUAGACAAGUAUUUCACCAUGACAAGGUGAGAAGUCAUUUUGACCGGUUCGCAUGGGUGUGUGUUUCAAAACAAUGUAGGCGAAAGUACGUUUGGGAGGAGAUCUUAUUGAAUCUUAGGUCAAAAGAAGAGGAACAUAGAAUUCGACAAAUGUCAGAAGAACGACUCCAUGAUGAGCUCUUCGAAAUGCUUGAAACCAAUAAAUGUCUAAUCGUCCUCGACGAUAUAUGGAGUAAGGAAGAUUGGGACCUUAUAAAGCCAGCUUUCUCACAAAAGCCAGGUAGCAAGAUCUUGCUUACUUCUCGAAAUGAGGAUGUUGCUUCAUAUGCGGAUCCAAGAUGUAAAAUUUUCAGUCCAAAAUGCUUAACUCAUGAAGAGAGUCGAGAACUAUUGCAGCGAAUCUCAUUUUCGGGGAGAGACGAUAUUGAGUUUGAGAUCGAGGAAGUGAAGGAAGAGGUUGAGAAAAUGAUAAAACACUGUGGAGGAUUACCGUUGGCUGUCAAAACGCUAGGAGGCUUGUUAUCCACCAAAUGUAAAGUAUCCGAGUGGAAAAGGGUACAUGAUAAUAUCGGAUCUCAAAUCAUAAGAGGAAUAAGCCCCGACCCCAACGAGAAUAUGGCAUUCCAAGUGUUGUCUUUGAGCUACGAAGAUUUGUCAUACCAUCUAAAGCAUUGCUUCCUUUACCUGGCCUAUUUUCCGGAAGAUUUUGUUAUAGACACGAAUAGAUUGUUCCAGUAUUGGUUGGGAGAAGGAAUAGUAGAAAUGCCGUCAGAGGAUACUAAUAGUUCCGUUCGAGAUGUUGCAGAAGGCUACCUUGAGGAGCUUAUGAAGAGAAAUAUGGUUUUAGUCUCUAAGAGAGAUGAGGGGACUUCAAGACUCGUCAACAUUCGUCUGCAUGAUGUGAUGAGAGAUGUGUGUUUGUUGAUAGCCAAAGAAGAGACCUUCCUUGAAGUUAUCAGCGAGAAGACUCACUUCUCAAGCGUCAGCUCUUCAACUUCUAUGCCCAUCUUUAGGUCUCGCAGACUUGUCGUGCGCUUGGAUUUAGAUGAUAGUUUUGAAGAACCACCAAAAAGAUUUCACCGGAGACAAAUAAGAAACCCAAAAUUAAGAUCUCUGUUGUGUAUCCCUCCAAGUUUUACUCUCUGGAUUCCAGAUCUGAGCUUUGGAAGCUUGCCCUCCCUCAGGGUGUUAGAUCUUCGUGAAGCGGAAUUUCGAGGAGGGAAGCUGCCAAAGAGCAUAGGAAAGCUCGUUCACUUGAGAUACUUGAACUUAAGUAACACUAAUUUAACAGAGGUACCAUCUUCUCUUGGGAAUUUAAUGUUGCUGGUCUUUUUGGACUUGGAGGUUUUUUUAAAAAGAGUUCAUAUACCUAAUGUGUUGAAGAGCAUGAAGGAUCUGAGGUACCUUAGGUUGCCUCGUAAUCUCAGUGAAAGGACGAAACUGGAACUGGGGAGUUUGGUGAAGUUGGAGACCUUGAUUGGAUUCUCGACGGAGCAUUAUAGAGUGGAGGACCUUCUCAAUAUGAGAAAUCUUAGAAAACUUCAUGUCGAUGUCCAUGGAACACCGGAUGAGGAGAUUUUACCUUUAUCUGUCAUUACAGUCCUGAAACUUGUGGAAGAGUUUGUGUGUUGCCACUGGACACAUGAUCGGAUUAAAUCCGAUGUAGGAGGGCUCGUUUCGUGUUUUCCUCGUCUCAACCGGUUACAUUUUUAUGGUAUGAAUAUGGAGAAGUUACCAGACGAACUUCUGUCGGCUCCCAACCUCGCGUCUAUUGAGUUAAGUCAGUGUACAAUAGCGGAGGAUGCUAUGCCCAUUCUUGAGAAGAUGCCUAGUUUAAAGGAAGUUAUUUUAUGGCAGAGUUUCAUAGGGGAGAAAAUGGUUUGUUCGAGUAGAGGGUUCCCUCAACUGCGUAAUUUGGAAAUGUGGAAGCUACCAAAUCUGGAAGAGUGGGUGGUGGAAGAAGGGUCUGAAGAUUUUAAUAUAAUUUAGGAGUAUUUGAGAUGAAAUUGACAGAAAAAUAAAAGAGAUCAAAUGUUAAACACUGGAGGACGGAAGAAUAAUAUAAAAUGGGGAACAAAGUCCCUAAUAUUAACUUGAUUUAAUCUGUACAAAUUUAAGGGAAUUUAUACAAGAAGAGUGAGAUGGGCUAACAACUAGUAUGAGAGUACAAAAGGAGGAAAAAUAAUCUUGCUCUAACGGCUACACUCUAGAAUGGAAAGAACAUAUGUUUAGGUGCAUGAUUGGACGGAUUUGAUUAAGAUUUCUUGGAGAUAUUAUCCUUGAAUGAUUUCUCAAUAUUCUUGGACGAAAUCUCCUUAUUUCCUUUCUUAAUUUUGCCACAAUGUUGCUGAAUA